CAUCCGACCAUAGACAACGUGUUUUGUGAUUUGUCAAACUCCAAAACUUUGACCGUGAUAAAAAUGACGAGCCCUACAAUUUAAUUAUAAAAUUAAAAAUCUAGUGGUUUUACAAAUAUGACUGUGUGGCGAAAACUCGAAAAUGAGGAGUGCUACGCCGUCGCUGUAUACAACUUCAACUCUUCGAAGCCGUUCCACCUGGCGCUGGAGGUGGGCGAGCUGGUGCAGCUGCAGCGUGAGACGGCGGACUGGUACUGGGGCAGCAGCCUGCGCAGGGAGGCCAGCGGCGCCUUCCCAAAGCGAUACGUCGUCGUACGGGACUGCACUGUGGACAGAUGCGGCGAGGCGGUGGUCGCGUCGGCGGGCGGCGGCGGCGUGGUGCACGACAUCGCCGUCACGCUGCGCGAGUGGCUGCAGCACUGGAAGGCGCUCUACACGACAAAUGACGACCGGUUCAAGUUCAUGGAGGUGAGCAUGCGCGCCCUGCUGCAGCUGCGCGCGCAGGCCGCGUCAGGCGCGCUGCCGCAGGACCAGCUGCGCCGCGUGCAGCGCACCGCUGUCUUCACCAUCGACAAGGGGAACAGAGCACUGGGCAUGGAGCUGGCGGUGCGCACGGUGAGCGGCCAGCUGGUGGACCCGCUCACCAUCUCCACCUUCAGGCUCAACGCGCUGCACGACGAGGCCAACGCGAGAAUUGACAAAAAUAUGGAGACGACGCCCACGAGCCGGCCCACGAGCCAGACGCCGGUGGUGCGCACCUACACCGUGGUCGUCAACAUCAAGAACUUCGUGUGCCGGCUGGCCGACACCGCCGAGCUGGCGCUGGCGCUGCACGACGCGGCCGGCAACAAGCUGACCGAGAGCGUGCUGCUGCGCUGGCCGCCGGGCCCGCUGGGUGCUGCCGAACUGUUCACCGCACCCUCUAGCGUCUUCACAGAUCUGGGCAGUGACAUAAAGAAGGAGAAGAUCUUACUCGUGUGUCACGUUGUCAGGAUAGGCUCCAUGGAGCCACAGAAUGUAGAUCACAGACGCAGCUCCAUCAGUCCCAACAUGCCGCCGAGCGCGGGCUCCGGCGCGCGCAUGCGACGCCCCUUUGGCGUGGCGUGCGCCGACAUCACGCAGCACCUCGCCGCCGAUAACUCCGACAAGGAGAUACAGCUGCCCUUCUACGCAUGUGAAAAGGAAAACAACAUGGAUUCUCUUCUAAAGAAGGUGAUCGCAAACCGCGAACUCAAAGAUCAGAAACAGUCACAAGGACUUUGGGUGUUUCUGCAAAUGGUCGAAGGAGAUUUGAAACAGAUACGGCAAGAGAACCCGCAUAUAGUGGUCGGCAACACGGUGUUCGCGCGCAAGAUGGGCUUCCCCGAGGUGAUCCUGCCCGGCGACGCGCGCAACGACCUGUACGUGACGCUGUGCGGCGGCACCUUCAGCAGGGGCGGCGGCAAGAGCUCCGAGCGCAACGUGGAGCUGACGGCGCGCGUCGUGGACAAGCACGGACGCACUGUGCCGGGCGUGAUCUCAGCGGGCGCGGGCGUGCCGCCGGCGUGCGAGUACACGUCCGUGGUGUACUACCACGAGGACCGCCCGCGCUGGCAGGAGGUGUUCAAGGUGUGCCUCAACAUCGACGAGUUCAAGGAGGCGCACACGGUGUUCCUGCUGCGCCACCGCAGCUCCAACGAGGCCAAGGACCGCGCCGAGCGCCCCUUCGCGCUGGCCUACCUGCGCCUCAUGCAGAAGGAGGGCACCACCGUGCCCGACACGCAGCACAGCCUGGCUGUGUACCGCAUCGACUACAAGCGCGCCGGCAGCAACGCUGAGGAGGAGGCGGCGGCGGCGUGCCUGGGCCUGCCCUCGCGCCGCGACGAGCUGCCGGCCGGCUGCGACCGCGGCCUGACGCGCGGUCCGCUGGCGCUGCUGCCGCGCGACUCGCUGCUCGUCGCCACCAAGCUGUGCUCCACCAAGCUCACACAAAGAGAGGAGAUCCUGGGCGUGCUGAAGUGGAGCGCGCACCACGCGGACGGCACGCUGCGCGAGGCGCUGCUGCGGCUGCAGCGCGUGCCCAACGACGAGCUGGUGAAGUUCCUGCAGGACAUCCUCGACGCGCUGUUCAGCAUCCUCACGCAGCUCGACGAGCGCGAGCCGUACGGGGAGCGCAGCUACGCCGUGCUGGUGCUGGACUGUCUGCUGCAGGUGAUCGCGCUGGUGGCCGACCACAAGUACCAGCACUUCCAGCCGGUGCUGGCCGUGUACGUGGAGCGCAGCUUCUGCGACGCGCUGGCGUACGAGCGGCUCAUCGCCAUCAUGGUGUGGUGCGUGCGCGGCGCGGAGGCGGGCGAGGCGGCCAGCAAGCGGCUGCUGCAGUGCAUGAAGUGCCUCGAGAGCCUGACGCGCGUGCUGGUGCGCUCGCGGCAGCUGCGCGCGGCGCUGGCGCACGACGCGCCGCACUGCGCGCAGCUCACGGCGCUGCUGGACGCGCUGGUGUGGCUCAUGCGCUGCGGCGACAGCGCGCUCACGUGCCAGGGCAGCGCGCUCAAGUACCUGCCGCACGCCGUGCCGCACAUGAUCCAGAUCUACCCCGCCGCGCAACUCAGCGAGUACGUAGUGCGCGCGCUGGAGGCGCUGCCGCUGGGCCGGCUGGCCAACCAGCGGCUGCACGCGCUGCUGGAGCUGGUGCGCGGCCCGCUGGGCGCGGAGCCGGGCCCGCGGGCGCUGCUGCUACCACACCUCGCCUCAACGCUGCGCGCCUUGCUGCGCGCGCCCGCUGAGCUCGACAACGCGGCGCAGAAGUCGCGCUCGGCGGACAAGGCGGCGCGCCUGCUGGGCGCCGACACCGCCAGCCUGCUCGACCACACGCAGCAGAUGCAGAUCGUGGAGCUGUGCGUGGAGACGCUGGGCGAGGUGGUGUCGCUGCUGGCGCGCGCCGACGUGGGCGCCGUGGACGCCGACCGCGGCGAGCUGGCGCGCGCGCUGCUGCCCACCGUGCUGCGCAUCAGCGCCGCCAUGCUGCGCGAGCGGCGCGACGACGGCGACGAGCCGCUGCUGCGCAAGCUGGUGUGCGUGCUGCUCGACAUGGUGCGCCAGAGCUCGGCCGACCAGUACGCCGCGCUGCGCGACGCGGACGCCGGCGCGCGCGCGCUGCCCGCCGACGCGCUGGCGCUCAUGCGCGCGCUGCUCACGCGGCCCGUGUUCCGCGCGCACUGGGCCGACAUGCUGCACCUGCAGCACCACGUGAUGCUGCGCGCGCUGCGCCUGCUGGCGGCGCCGCUGCGCGACGCGCUGGACGCGGACGACGCGGCGCGCGACGCGCUGCUGGAGUGGUUCUGCGUGCUGAGCGCCGUGGCGGCGGCGCCCGACAUCCAGCUGGAGGCGCUGCCGGCCGCGCGGCGCCAACGCGCCGUGGCGCUGUACGGGGACACGCGCCGCUCCGCCGCCGCGCUGCUGGCCGACGCGUGGUUCGGCCUGGGGCGGCACAAGCCGGCGCUGGUGGCGCCACUGGUGGAGCCGUUCCUGGAAGUGAGCUUCCUGCGCGACGAGGAGGUGCGCAACACCACUAUCCCGCUGUUCUUCGACAUGAUGCAGGCCGAGUACCAGCACACGGCGGAGACGGGCGAGGCGCAGCUGCGCUCGUUCGAGAGCGAGCUGAUCGACAAGCUGGACGUGCUGGCGGAGGCGGGGCGCGGGGACGCGGCGUGGCGCGCGCGCUUCGUGAGCCUGUGCGGCGCGCUGUGCCAGGCCUCGCCGCCGCUGAGGGAGGCGGGCACGGAGCUGGUGGCGGCGGCGGCGCGCCAGCUGGACGCGCUGCUGCAGUACCGCGCGGCGCCGCCGCAGCAGCGCAUGUACCUGGUGCCGGGCGUGCUGCGCUUCUACGAGGAGAUCGAGCGCCCGCACAUGUACAUCCGCUACGCGCACCGCCUGGCCGCCAUGCACCGCGCCGCCGCGCACUGGGCCGAGGCGGGGCUGGCGCUGCGCCUGCACGCCAAGCUGCUGCAGUGGGCCGAGCUGCCGCUGCCGCCGCGCCUGCGCCACCCCGCCGCGCCCACCGACCACCGCACGCAUCUGCAGCUCAAGGUGUCGCUGCUGGAGGAGGCGGCGCAGCUGCUGGACGCGGGCCAGCAGUGGGAGCUGGCGGCGCAGGUGGUGAAGGAGCUGGUGGCGCAGCACGAGCGGCGCGGCGCGGGCUACGCGGCGCUGGCCGAGCUGCACGAGCAGCUGGCGAGGCUUUACCGCGCGCCGCUGCGCCGGCCGCGCCCGCGCCCCGCGUACUUCCGCGUGCGCUACCUGGGCCGCGGGUUCCCGCCGCACCUGCGCGCGCCGCGUGGCUUCGUGCACCGCGGCCACGACUGCGACAUGCUGCACAACUUCAAGGAGCGCAUGCUGGACGAGUGGCCCGACGCCGAGGUGCUGCUGAAGCUGGACGAGCCGGCGGACGACGUGGUGCAGUCGGACGGGCAGUUCCUGCAGAUCAACGCGGUGACGCCGGUGCUGGCGGACGAGUGGCGCUGGCUGCGCGAGCGCGCCGUGGACGACCGCCUGCUGCGCUACUACGAGCACAACAACGUCAGCACCUUCGUGUACUCGCGCCCCUACCACCGGCCCGAGGACUCCAUCGUGCCGGGCGACGGCAAGGAGGACGUGUCGGGCGCCAACGAGUUCGCGACGCGCUGGCUCGACCGCACCGAGCUGCAGAUCAGCGACCCGCUGCCCGGCAUCCUGCGCUGGUUCCCCGUGGUGGCGAGCCGCAGCUACGCCGUGUGCCCGCUGGAGCUGGCGGUGGAGACCAUGGCGCGCACCAACGCCGACCUCAAGACCGUCAUCCUGGAGGCGCGCGAGCCCGACGCGCCGCUGCACCCGCUCACCAUGAAGCUGCAAGGCAUCCUGGACUCGGCGGUGCAGGGCGGACUGGUCAACUACGAGCUGGCGUUCCUCACGCCGGAGUACGCGGCGCGGCGGCCCGAGCACGCGGAGCUGCUGCAGCAGCUGCGCGACCGCAUCGCCGACCAGGUGCCGCUGCUCAAGUGCGGGCUGGACGAGCUGACGGCGCGCGCGCGCCAGGCGCCGCUCACCGCGCACCUCGCCGCCUGCUUCCGCCAGAUGCAGCAGCACGUGCACCAGCGGUACGGCAAGCGGACGGGCGAGCUGGAGCCGGAGGUGCAGCUGCGUGCGGCGCGCCGCAGCGCAGACGCGGACGCGCACCGCGUGUCCGACGCGUCCACCGGCGCUGAGUCGACGCCCAACAAGAGCAAAGUGAGCGCCAAGAUCAACUCGGCAUUGAGCAGCUGGGCGAGGAACAGCACCAGCGGCACUCUGCCACCCAAGAAGAGAGGCAGGAAGGUGAUUGUUCACAGCGACGUGAGCAACCAGUCGUCGGGCAGCCAGUGGUACACGUCGGCCGCCAACGGCGCGGCGCCUACACACAGCACCAGCAGCCUCAGCAGCCUCAGCAGCCUGCCCGCCGCCGUCAACAGCGUGCUGCUCGCCAACGGCAACGGCAGCUGUGCGCCCGACUCGCCCUCCUCCUCGCCACUGCGCGAGCUCCGGCAAGAGUUGGUGACAGAGCGGCCGCUGCGCGCCGACGUGGAGAGGAGGCUGUCGCAGCGCGCCAGCUUCAUCACCAGCUCCGAGCCGCCCUCCAAUAGGGACUCGUUGGGCACGACAGAUUCCAACCAAGAGGACGAGGAGCCGCCGCCGCUGCCGCAGAAGCAAUCGCAGUCACAGUCGCAGUCACAAUCGCAGUCACAGUCACAGUCGCAGUCGCAGCUGGACGCGGAGAACAACAACAGCGAGUGCUCGCCCGCUCAGCGCUACAACUACGACCUGGUGCUGGCGCCGCGCAACUCGUAUCUGUACACGUCGCGCCGCCGCAACACCGCGCCCGCGGAGAAGGCGCCCACGCCGCCGCCGAAGAAGCGCAACCAACACCACGUGUGAACAGCGGCGUCGUCAGUGACACUCGCAGCGUACUGGACGCGGUGAGAACAUCGACAACGAGUGCUCUUGUACUUUUAUACGGAGGUAUACCUGGGGUCCUUGGGCCGGUGGGCAUUCACCUUUAAUGUUGAAAGAAAGAAAGAAAGAAAAUAUAUUUAUUACUACAUAUUCACAUGUUCACAUGUUAUAUUGCAGCAAUGCUAAUUAACGUGUAAUAUUACAGUAGUAUUAAUGAUCAGUCUGAAUUAACGUGAGUAGUAUUGAUGGUACAGGAGUUCUUAUGCUGAGGUCUGUCUCUAUGUCGAACUAGCGGACGCCCGCGACUUCGUCCGCGUGAAAUUUAGUUUUUCAAAAAUCCCUCGGGAACCAUAGAUUACUCCGGGAUGAAAAGUAGCCUAUGUGUUAAUCCAGAGUAAAAUCUAUUUCCAUUCCAAAUUUCAGCUGAAUAGGUUCAGUGGUUGCGCCGUUAAAGAGUAACAAACAUCCAUACAAACUUUCGCGUUUAUAAUAUUAGUAGGAUUAGUAGGAUUAAUACUAAAGCACGUAGCACCCCACACCAAAAGGUUCGUAUAAUCGCGAAAUUACACCACCACGGCAAGAUAAGUUUAAAUUAGCUAUAUUUAAUUUAUAAAAGAGUUUUAAAAGCUUUAAAAAGUAUUUUUAAUGCUAUUCCAGCCGUGCAGACAUGACAGUGCAUUGUAACGUAACAUUAUAAAUUAUUGACUUUUUAACCGACUUCAAAAAAGGAGGAGUUUCUCAAUUCGUCGGAAUCUUUUUUUUUUCUGCUAUCAAGUAGCAAAGCAAGCAAGUAUUAUUUAUUGUACAUGCAAAAUACACACAAAAACUCGCACACAUUUUACACACACGUUUUUUAAAUACGUAUUUUGUAAAAUAAGUUUUUUUUUUAAUAUUACUCAAUUUAAACAUGACUCAGACCUUUCCGUUUCCGUUGGUUCAGCAUUUUAUUUCUGUUUUAGACACUUUUAUUACGCUUUAAGAGAUUGUCUUCCUUGUAUAUUAUUAAGUUUUGUAUAUGAUUAAAUAUUAUUGAUAACUUGUAAUAUUGCUGUUAUAUUUAUAUUAUGGUGUUAUAUUGCAGUAAAUACGUAUUUUGUAGCAUAUUGUUGCUGCAUUACUUACAUAAUUGUUGGAAUAUUGCAUUAAUAUUAAUGUUAAAGUGUAACAUUGCAGUGAUAUUAAAAUCAAUAUUUAAUAUAACAGCAAUGCCAAUGUAUAUAUUUCAGAAAUAAUAUUAAAGUUCACAUGUUAUAUUGCAGUACACACAUGCACAUGCACAUGUAAUAUUACACGUUAAUUAGCAUUAAUUAACGUGUAAUAUUACAGUAGUAUUAAUGAUUAUUCUGAAUGAACAUGAGUGGUAUUGAUGAUACAUGACUCUACUUAUUAUUUAUAAGAAAAAUAUAAUUAUUAUGUAAUAUAUAGGAAUAGCAAAGUAUACAUAACAGUGUACAAUGUAAUAGGCCAUCGAGAUAAGUCUGUAUAUCCAAAAUGAGUAACAAUAGUGCCAUAAUACAUUUGUUAUAUAGUCAGUGAAGAGUUACCACCUGCGACUGCCAUUCGUCAACUGAAAUAUAUGUGACGGUACUUUUUUAAAAUUAUAUUUGUAUAGAAAACGGCAUGUAAGUUGGACUACUAUAUAUUAAGAGGUGCCACGAGUAACCAUAGCGACACGUUGACGACAUUAGAAUCGCGUACGAUAUUUUCAAAUAUUUGCAAUGUCUAACAAUUUUUAACCGACUUCAAAAAAAGAGGAUGUUCUCAAUUUGACGUGUAUGUUUAUUUUUUUCAUGUUUGUUACCUCAUAACUUCGUCUUUUCUUAACCAAUUUUGAAAAUUCUUUUUUUGUUUGAAAGAGUACUUCCGUUCACUAUGCUAGGGCACACUAAAACAGAACAAGAACAUUUUUUUUUACAAAAAAAAUUGAACCGACUUCACAAUUACAAAACUAAACUGAAAAGCGAAAAAUAACAUCAUAUGUGCGAGGCAUUAACUCGAGCCGAAUUAAUCAUAAAGUUUUAGGAUUUAAAGACGGUUCUUUCAGAAACAGCUUUAAUUAAUACGUCACAGGCUUGGCACCGCCUUCAAAGUGAUCACAAGGUACGAUGUUAUUUUUCGCUUUUCAGUUUUGUGAUUUUGAAGUCGGUUCAAUAUUUUUUGUUAAAAAGAUUUUUGUCUAAGUAUACUAUACUAUGUUCACACAAGUGACAUUUUGGUUCCACUUACUUGCCGGGUUCUAUACCAACUGUAAUGUUUUUAUUUUGACACGUAAUUUAGUGUCAAAUGUGACGUCUGAACAUUGUUAUAAAAACUUUUGACAUGUAAUUAUUUAUUUUAUAAACGUUGAUAUUUAUAGUAGAUAUAAGAAUGGCUUUUUACAGAAUUUUACAAUAUUUAAUGUAUCCGUUAGAGAGCUUUAUCGGUAGAUAAGUUAAACAUUUAAAGGAAAUUAAAGUAAUUCUGACAUAUUAUUUUAAAUAUAUUAAUUAAUUAUUGAAUACGCAUCCUUCAACUUACACAUAACGACUGAAAUUUUAAUUUUAUAUUAAUUUAUAAUUUUAACACACAUUUUAUACAUUAGACUUGUAGCAUUGCAGUGUAGAAAUCGUUUAUAAUUGUAAUUAUAAAUUAAAAUAUUGAAAUCAAAAUAGAAAUAGUUUAUAGAAAAUUAUUUUAUUAUAAAAACGAAAUUAACCUAAAUACCUUCAAAAUUUGAUUGAUGUGUAAGUUUGUGAAAGACCCUAGACCAUUAAAAAUAAAGCACCUGCCUCGUAUACCGUUACCCCUCUGUCAAAGAUCAAGAAUCAAUGAUCUAACGCGUUUAUAAAAACUGUUGCUAUAAAAUCGAUGUUUCAUUGUUGUAAUCGUUUUCGUCGUGUAAAGAGCUCCCUAAAAAUGCCGGUUUGUGUAGUUGAAUGUCAUAAAAAACGGCCAAAAACUUGUAGUUUAGUAAAAGAAAAGGUAACGUUUUUACCAUAAUUUUAUCUAAUUUGUAAUAAAAACGAUUUCUAAAAAGAAUCGAUUCUUUUGAACUUAUACGUUACGCAAUACCUCUGUCUUCCAGUGAAAGUUUCAUUAAAAUCGGUUUACCCGUUUCAGGCAAUGUUAGUCACACAGACAAACAGUUUUGAAAUACACACAGACAUACACAUCAAAUGUAAUUAAUUAUCUUUGCACAUCAUUAUCGAAUUAAAUAUAUUACGUAAGUCACACGAUACUUCAAUAGGGUAGUUGACUCGUAUCAAAUUUAAUAUAAACAAUAUUUCUCGUGUAGUACGUGGAAUAAGUGUCCGAAAUAUAUCGAUAUCAAUUAAUAAAAGUUAAGGAUUUCUUAAAAAACUUAAUAUAAAUAUCACGUAUUUUUUACGUAAUUAUCCAAACGUCAAAAACGAUGUCGUCCAUUUUGUGACGUCACUAACACACUUGAUGUACUAAACGUCAAAAUAAUUGUUUAAUAGUGUUUCUGUCAAACGCUCUGUUUGUAAGGCAUUUGUUAUAGUGACGUCAUGAAACAAUUGAAGUAUAGACUGUCAUGGCCGACUUGCGUUCUGACUCGUAUUGUCAUAUUUAAAAACUAAAAUUUUCAUGUAAUCACGUCUCGAAAAAAUAUGAAUAAAUUUCAAUAUGGUAGAACGACAUUGAACUAUUUAAGAGCAUUUAAAAAAGAGUGUCAACUAGCCUAUUGUUUUGGAAUGAGGGCCUGCGCUGGUCAGACUAACCUCGAUCUAUGUGGCUGAAAGUUGCAACGAUGUUAAGUUGUGGCGACGCCACGAUGCUAAGUUCUGGCGACGAUGACGCCACGAUGCUGUGUUCUGGCGACCGAACGUAUGAUUUUUCAUAUUAUCUCGUAGAUCCAAAACUAAUUUGCAUAGUUGAGGGUCGGACUUAAGGAGACCGGCCUUAAAUGAAGUAUGUGUGGCUGUCUCAGGCUCUCUCCAUAAUCAAAUAUGGCGUCUCGUCGCCAUGCUAUUGUAGUUUUGUUACAUUAAUAAAUUAUGUACUCUUUCUUAAACAAUGUAUAUAAAUGAUUAUAAUUAAAAUGUUAUUUUAAUGAACAAGUUAUUAAAUUUAUAAAAAAAUA